AUGAAAUUCAAGAUAAUAGGAGGCAGUAAGACAUUUGUGUUUAAAAUAGAAAGUGAUAAGACAGUGUCAGAUUUAUACGAUGGAGUAGAGGGUGUAUUAGGGGAUGAACGGUUUUUAUUUAAAGGAAUGUCAAAAGGCUUUGUUGAGCGGUCAGAGAAACUCAUUUCAGAAGAAUUCUCUAAUCUUGAGUGUAUAUACGCGGAAAAAUCGAAUGUGUUAAAGGGUCCUGUAGAAACAGCCACGAAUGAUUUAUACGAUAAAGAUUUGAAUUUUUCUAUUCUUGAAGUUCCGGGUGAUAAUUCUUGUCUCUUUCAUUCUCUGAGUGAUCUUUUGAAUGCGAAGAGUAGUGGAGAGCUUCGGAAAAUAGUUGCGAAUGAAAUUCUGAAAAAUCCGAAAGAGUUCUCUCCGUAUAUAGAGAAGGCACCAUUUGAGUACUCUAAUUGGAUACAGGAUCCUACAACAUGGGGAGGUGCGCCUGAAAUAACUAUUAUAUCAAAGAUAUAUAAGACAAAAGUGUGUGUUAUUCAAAGGGAUUUAGUGACGUAUGGGUUUGGGGAUGAGUUUAGGUCUGUUGUAUACCUUUCAUAUUCUGGAUCACAUUAUAAUGCAGUUAUUGCUAAGACUAAGAGUGGCAGUGUUACUUAUAAAUUCCCGUGUGGUGAUAAAUGGGCUGAAGAUAAAGCAAAAGAAGCUGUAAGGAAUUUCUUUGGUGUAUAA